CGGGCUACCGCUGGGACACGCCGGCUGUGCCCCUGUGCACACGCGUGUACCCACGCACACCCACACGCACGCUCCGGCUGCUCCCCACCUUCCCCUCAACCUCUCCGGGAAGAUCCAGCAGCCGGCUCAAGGCACGUCUUUUGGCAUCGGAAGGAUUAACUCCCCAGGGAGCAGCGGUGGAGGCUGAGCCUACGCUCCUGCCACGCAUCGCCGGCUUCACAGCACGCUUGGGAGUUGUGGAGCCAACCUCUCGGCCGCUAAUCCUCCUCAUUGCUGGCAGCCGGGGCGGCUGGGAAGAGCGAGCGGGGCUGUAGGGUGAAGGGACAGGAGGGGAAGAGGACGGGGAGGGCUGUACACACACACUCACGCAUGCACACGCACCCCGCAGACGACAGGCAGCGGCACUGGAUCAGUUGCUGUUUGCAGGGAGGUCCGUAGGGAGCUGAGCGCUGAAUAAAACAAGCUGGAGCAUCAGGCGAGCAGAUCUGUUCCCUUGCAAAAGUCCUUAAGGAAUCGAUUGGGAAAUGCCAGCAAAAGAAGUUGCUGAAAGCCAGGCUGGCACGGCCGGGAGCUGCGUGCCGCCGGUUCCGUUGCACACCGGGAGCAGCUGAACUUUGUGGGUUUUGAAUAGACAUUUCUCCUCUGCGGACGCUUCGGGCAGCGUUACGGGGAGAGUCACGGCACGGCACCGCACACCUUGCGCCUGCUGUUACCCAGACCGAGUCCGGGGGACGGCAAAGGGGGAAUUUCUGUCUCUCCAAGGACCAUCACCUGUGAAAAGAAGCUGGAGAAAGGCAAUUUAUCUUUCUUUUCCAGAUGACUGAGAAUACCUACAGGAUCCUGUCUCUCCAGCUUUCAUCAGUGUGUAGCAUCAGGGAGAGAGAGCUGAGGAACAAAAAUGGUAUUGGUCAAAAUCAUUCCAGCACCUACUUUUUCCCAAGGAACUUAAUGCCCGUAGGGGUUUGCUGCGGGCAUUUCCAGGAGUGAGGACGGACGUAGCACAGAUGCAUCCCUACUGGAUCAUGUAAGAAUUUUUAAAUGAGAAACCUACCCCAGCAAGACCAUCUCUGCCCACUUCGCAGUACAUGGUUUGGUGUAAGCACGGCAAUUUUUGCCUCUUUCCCUCCCCUUUAAAUCUCUUGGGCUUGGAGAUCUCUUUCCUCAUUGCAAUUAUGAUUAUUUGCAACAUCAGUGCCAUCAAAGAUUGGAGCACUUUCCUCUCCCAGAUCCUCCCCAGUGUUAACAAGACUCUGAACUUGGUACAGCAAGUGGAAGCCACCACCAGCUCGGUGGUAAGUGUCCUCCAGGACCCCGAGCAGGACAACUACCUGUCCAACAGCCAGUCCAUGAACUCCAGCAACUUCACAGCUGGCCUGGACCACUUGUUCCAGUACUCGUACUCAGACAAUGACCAGCUAUACAAGGAAUACAAACCCCCUCCUCGAGACGCCAUUCCUCUGCCCAAGGCCGUCCUCUACCUUCUCAUGGCAGCCCUGGUGGUGGUGGCAGUGGCAUACGCCAUUGUCGGGCAUCUCAUCAAGGACCUCAUUCACGACUUUAUAGACUGGAUCUUCGGCCCCGGCCCAGAUGACAACAGCAACAAGAGCGACGUCAACUGCAUCAGCAACAGUGUCAAUGAGAUGAGCGAGAUGCCCGAGGCACCACGGCACAGGGACCGCCAGCCCCAGGACGUGGUCAUUGCCAUCGGCGAGACCUCCCACCUGCCGCAACAGACGUGACCGGCGUGGUGUCCGGGCCAGGCGGGAUGGAGCAGUGGGAUGGAGCGGAGGGAUGGAGCGGAGGGAUGGAGUGGAGGGAUGGGGCAGCAGGAUGGCACAGCGGGACAGUGCAGCAACCACCUUGCAGGACCAGGCAACAAGAGGAAAGGACAGGCAGAGCCGUCACCAUGGAGCAAAGCCCUUCUCACCCCGGUUUUGCCAACCUCUAAGGAGCUUGCCGGGGUGGGCAGCAUCACCCUUUCUCCUGGGUUCAUCAGUCCUGCCCUGAUGUCUGCCCAUCGGUUCGUGACCUCCAUUUCUUCCCUGUGAAUAGCAAAAAAAAAAGCAAAUGCAAAAUACACCCACCAAACAAAGCUCACAAGA